AGGAACUGGAACCCACAAAGGACAUAAACUAAGGAAGACUUUCUGAUAAGACUUGUCUGAUUCUUCUUCAAUAAGCUCUCCUCUCACAAAUUUCUCCGUAAAAUCCUAAUCCAUAUCAUUAACUCAAAAAUUCCUCCGACAAAGUUGGUUACAGUAUAGACAAAAUAACAUGGAAGAAGAUGGAAGAAGAAGAAACAGAGGACAUGCUCUGUUGAGAUCCAAGAAUAGAGGAGAAGAAGAAGGCUAUAACCAUGGCUUCUCACCUUCUCAGAUUCAAUCUCUCGCCGUCAUCUGUCAAACUCUCCUCCCUCCUUCCGGGAAACAGUCUUUUGAUUCCUUCAACGUCGUCUCCUCUACUCAACCACCAUUCACUGACGAGGUGGCUGAGAUGAUAGUAAAAAACGGACGAUCAGAAGCAGUCAAGGUUUUGAGAAUCAUACUGAUGGUUUUGUCAUUCAGAUUUGGAACUUUAUUGCUUUGUGGCUCUCUCUGUCUUGACAAGAGUUGGCCUUUUGUCCUCAAAUUCUCUGAGCUUCCAUUGGAUAGAAGAGAAGAGAUCUUGAGGAAAUGGUCGAGACAGAGUGGAUUCCUACUUCCCUUUCGUAUCACUUUCUUCCUUGCUAAAUUCUACACCCUCUUCUACUUCUUCUCACACACAGAUGAGAAUCUGAAGAAUCCUGCACUAGAAGCCAUAGGGUUUUGCUUAGACACUAAAGAUUCUUCAAGUAACAGCAAUAAGAAGAGUGAAGCAGAUGAGAAGCGACGACCUCUCGAGUCAGGGAUCAUUGAGACGUUGCAUGAGAGUGACAUUACUAUCACACAAACUCUAAUUGGAAAAGGUGUUCAUGCCGCUAGAGACGAUGAUGAGAAUGUGCACAGGAUCAGAUGUGAUGUUGUUAUAGUUGGUUCGGGAAGUGGAGGAGGUGUUGCAGCUGCAAACCUUGCUAAAGCCGGAUUAAAAGUCUUGGUUCUAGAGAAAGGAAACUACUUUACAGCUCAAGAUUACUCGGGUCUUGAAGGUCCUUCUAUGCUUGAGUUAUAUGAGAAAGGAGGGUUUUUGACGACUGUUGAUGGGAAGUUUAUGGUCUUAGCUGGUUCAGCUGUUGGAGGAGGUACAGCGAUUAAUUGGUCCGCAUCGAUAAGGACCCCGGAUUAUGUUUUAGAGGAAUGGUCGGAAGGGAGUAAGAUCAAGUUCUUUGGUAGCAAAGAGUACAAGACUGCAAUGGAUGAAGUUACGACAAGGAUUGGUGUCACGGAAAAGUGUGUCAAAGAAGGGUUUCAGAACCAGGUUCUGCGGAAAGGGUGCGAGAGACUCGGUUUGAAGGUAGAGUCAGUUCCAAGAAACUCACGUGAGGAUCAUUACUGCGGCUUGUGCGGGUACGGAUGUACAGCAGGACACAAGAACGGGACAGACGGAACCUGGCUUGUUGAUGCUGUAGAGAAUGGUGCAGUGAUCCUGACAGGCAUCAAAGCUGAGAGAUUUAUAUUAGUAGACAACAAUAGUAGUAGCAAGGAGAGACAGAAACGUUGUGUGGGAGUCAUUGCGAGCUCUGUAGGAGGAAAGAUUGGGAAGAAGUUCAUAAUCGAAGCUCGAGUAACAGUUUCAUCUGCGGGAUCACUGUUGACACCGCCUCUGAUGCUUUCGAGUGGGCUAAAGAACCAGAACAUUGGAAGGAACCUAAGGCUGCACCCGGUUUUGAUGACAUGGGGAUACUUCCCGGAGAAAGAUUCUGAUUUCUCUGGGAAAAUGUACGAGGGAGGGAUCAUCACGUCCCUUCAUUAUAUGAAUGAUGCUGAAUCAGGGUGCAAAGCAAUACUAGAGAAUCCAUUGAUAGGACCAGCUUCAUAUGCAGGGUUGAGCCCGUGGGUUUCAGGAGCAGACCUUAAAGAGCGGAUGAUGAAGUACGGAAGAACAGCUCAUUUGUUUGCUUUGGUUCGGGACAUCGGCUCAGGUGAGGUUAUGAAAGAAAACGAGGUUACGUACAGGACGACCAAGAAAGAUAGGGAGAAUCUGAGGGCAGGGCUUAGACAAGCUUUGCGUGUUUUGAUUGCAGCAGGUGCAGUUGAAGUCGGAACAUAUAGGAGUGAUGGACAGAGGAUGAAGUGUGAGGGAACUACUAGAGAAGCCAUGGAAGAGUUUCUAGACGAAGUUGAUGCGGUUGGUGGAGUAAGCACAAAAGGGGAGUAUUGGACGUCAUACUUCUCAGCCCACCAGAUGAGUAGUUGCAGGAUGGGAGCCACCGAGGAGGAAGGUGCAUUGGAUGAGAACGGUGAGAGCUGGGAAGCAGAGGGAUUGUUUGUUUGUGAUGGAAGUGUAUUGCCCUCAGCUGUUGGGGUAAACCCAAUGAUCACCAUUCAGUCUACUGCUUAUUGCAUCUCCACAAGGAUAGUUAACUCGAUUGUAAAGCAAAGCAAAGUAUAGAGAACAAUAGAAAGGAAGAACAGAGUCUUUAGUUGAGUUGAUCAAUGGUUUGGUUACUUGUGAUUUUGUAUUUGUGUCCGAGAGAAUAAGCAAAAAUUGAAAACCCUUGUUUGUAAUUUUAUCAUUAAACUAUACUUUUCACUUUA